AUGCGUGACCCCCCAGCCUUGCUAUACCCCUUCCCUGUGCCUCCAAGUGACUCCCCAGCCUUGCUAUACCCCUUCCCCGUCCCUCCAAGUGACCCCCCAGCCUUGCUAUACCCCUUCCCCGUCCCUCCAAGUGACCCCCCAGCCUUGCUAUACCCCUUCCCCGUCCCUCCAAGUGACCCCCCAGCCUUGCUAUACCCCUUCCCCGUCCCUCCAAGUGACCCCCCAGCCUUGCUAUACCCCUUCCCCAUCUCUCCAAGUGACCCCCCAGCCUUGCUAUACCCCUUCCCCGUCCCUCCAAGUGACCCCCCAGCCUUGCUAUACCCCUUCCCCGUCCCUCCAAGUGACCCCCCAGCCUUGCUAUACCCCUUCCCCGUCCCUCCAAGUGACCCCCCAGCCUUGCUAUACCCCUUCCCCGUCCCUCCAAGUGACCCCCCAGCCUUGCUAUACCCCUUCCCCAUCCCUCCAAGUGACCCCCCAGCCUUGCUAUACCCCUUCCCUGUGCCUCCAAGUGACCCCCCAGCCUUGCUAUACCCCUUCCCUGUGCCUCCAAGUGACCCCCCAGCCUUGCUAUACCCCUUCCCUGUGCCUCCAAGUGACCCCCCAGCCUUGCUAUACCCCUUCCCUGUGCCUCCAAGUGACCCCCCAGCCUUGCUAUACCCCUUCCCUGUGCCUCCAAGUGACCCCCCAGCCUUGCUAUACCCCUUCCCCGUCCCUCCAAGUGACCCCCCAGCCUUGCUAUACCCCUUCCCUGUGCCUCCAAGUGACCCCCCAGCCUUGCUAUACCCCUUCCCUGUGCCUCCAAGUGACCCCCCAGCCUUGCUAUACCCCUUCCCUGUGCCUCCAAGUGACCCCCCAGCCUUGCUAUACCCCUUCCCUGUGCCUCCAAGUGACCCCCCAGCCUUGCUAUACCCCUUCCCCAUCCCUCCAAGUGACCCCCCAGCCUUGCUAUACCCCUUCCCCGUCCCUCCAAGUGACCCCCCAGCCUUGCUAUACCCCUUCCCUGUGCCUCCAAGUGACCCCCCAGCCUUGCUAUACCCCUUCCCCGUCCCUCCAAGUGACCCCCCAGCCUUGCUAUACCCCUUCCCUGUGCCUCCAAGUGACCCCCCAGCCUUGCUAUACCCCUUCCCUGUGCCUCCAAGUGACCCCCCAGCCUUGCUAUACCCCUUCCCUGUGCCUCCAAGUGACCCCCCAGCCUUGCUAUACCCCUUCCCUGUGCCUCCAAGUGACCCCCCAGCCUUGCUAUACCCCUUCCCUGUGCCUCCAAGUGACCCCCCAGCCUUGCUAUACCCCUUCCCUGAGGAGGAGCUCGUCCUGGGUCCCGACCUGGGACCGUACGGUCUGGGACCCUGCUCCCUGGCAAGGCUCUGGGCUCCAAGCGAAGACGAAGAAGACGAGCCCUUCGUCUUCCCAGACCUCGAUCCCCUCCCCGCGGAACAUCUGCCGCCCCUCGAGCGGUGCGAUUACCGGCCCGAGCGGCAGACAACUUGGGGAGGGAGUAAAGCGGUGCAGGAAGCCAUCCCGCGAGUCCCCCGCUCUCUUAAAGGGGCCACGCCCGUUUCACCCGCGGCGGCUUUCGCCAACAAAUACUUCACCCUCCAGGGACUUUACUGGAGGGUGAUGGGGGAGCCGGUGGAAAGGGAGGAUCCCGAGGCGGAACGGCUCUCCGUUCGGCUAUUGAGGGAUUUCGCCGCGAUCACUCCUACCUCUCCGGAGAGUGAGCUGGAGAGACUGGCGGAUAGUAUCCGGAGGCUCAUCACACUCCGGAGAGCCCCGGCCGCGACUCCAGCGUCCGAGCAAGAGGCGCCCCCUCUGGCUCCAGCACCGGUGCAGCCGCCGCUGCCGCCUGCGCAGCCUGGACAGCUUUCUUCGCUGCCGGCGGACCCCGCUCCCUACGCCAUUAACCGCUUUAUGUCGGCAGUGCUUAGCCGCAUGUGUAAUGACGGCCACAGUGAGGGCCGCGAGGCCUGGCUGAGGAAUGCCAGGCGUGAUGAAAGGCUUGUUAUCAGAUAG